AUGCGGGGGUUCGCCUGGCUCGGCGGCUCUGCGCUGCGAGCGCCGGCCGCGGCGGUGGCUGCAGGCGCGGCGCGGCUGCGCGCGGCCGACGCGGCGCCGGCGGCGCGGGCUGCGGGCCUGCGCGCGAGCGCGAGCUCUGGGUCCCUCGCGGCCGCUGCCGCCGCCGCCGCGGGCAACGGCACGGCCCCUGCGCUCGACCAAGAUGGCGGCACGCCCGCCGCGGCCGCCGCGCUGCGCAUGCGCAAGAGCGCCAGCUGCGGCGCGCUGCUGUCGGAUGCGGGCGCGGGCGCGGGCGGCGUGGUGUUUGGCGCGGCAGGCGGCCGGCAGACGCUGCACCUCCCGGGGCCCCGGCUGGCGUGGCUGCGGCGCGGCGCCAACGGGUCCGUCGUCCUCCGCGGCCCCUGA